AUGACAUCCACAGAGAGUCUGGAAAGAACUUGCCUCGUGAGUGACAGAGACCCAAAGAAGUACUCCUUAGCAAUGAGCAGCCAAGGAAAUGCUGCGAACAAAGAGAAUCACAAGAAGGAAUCGGUGGAUUUGGGGUCUAGUUCACUGCACCACUGCCAUGACCACGCAGCGACCUAUGAGAGCAAGAGGAGGGAGCGACAGCAGGCCAACCACAAGCUCUACAUGGCGUCUGCGAUGUGCCUCAUCUUCAUGAUUGCAGAAUUCAUAGGUGGCCGAAUUGCAGGAAGUCUUGCUGUGAUGAUGGACGCCGCCCACAUGUCGGUUGACUUCAUGAGUUUCCUGAUCAGCCUCUUCUCUCUUUGGCUGUCAUCAAAAUGUCCCAGCAAGAGAUUAACAUAUGGAUGGCUCAGAGCAGAAAUUCUUGGCGCUCUCCUGUCAGUGGUUACCAUUUGGGCAGUGACCGGCAUGUUGACAUAUUCAGCUGUCUUAAGGCUGCUGCAUCCACAGUAUGAAAUUCAAGUAACGGCAAUGCUCAUCACAUCUGGCUUUGCAGUAGUAGCCAAUAUGAUAUUAAGUCUGAUGUUGUACCAGACGGGACAUCGACACGCUCAUGAGGGCCAUCCUGCCACCUUUCAUUUAUCACAAUACACGUCGUGUUCAACGAAUGCCAGCGUCAGGGCAGCUUUUAUUCAUGCGAUCGGCGAUCUGAUCCAGAGCGUCAGUGUGCUAAUUAGCGCGCUCAUAAUAUUCAUUAAGCCAGAAUACAAAAUGGCUGACUCAAUCUGUACAUUUUUAUUCUCCUUCUUUGUUCUGGCAACCACCAUCACCAUUUCAUGGGACAUUUUGCUGGUGGUAAUGGAAGGAACACCAAAGGGUUUGAGCUAUGACGCAGUGAAAGAGAAAAUUCUAGCAGUGGACAAAGUAAAAUCUGUCCACAAUCUUCAUCUUUGGUCUCUAACAAUGAACCAGGCCGUUUUAACUGCGCACAUUGUCACAGUGGAUACCGCAGACAAGCAGCAGACUCUGAAAGAAACGACUGAAGUUCUGUUCGACGCUUACAACUUUCACACAGUCACUCUUCAAAUUGAACCUGAAGCAGCCCAAAAACCAGGAUGCGUUUUCUGCCAAGAUCCAAGAAACUAA